AUGUCGCAGGGUCGCCGCGUCGUCCACCUGCGCCCAGGUUGCAGCGACGGCGACGCACUGCACGUGCCGAAGCAAGGCAACCACACUCAGGUCAACCCUCCAAAGCUAUACCUAGAAAAGACAGCGCAGCAAUGGAUGGAAGACCGAGGCGAAGCUCAGCUCGGCGUGAAAUACAUCCUCGAGGCUCUACCAAAUGGAUACACCAUGUGGCAGAGACCUCGUCCAGUUCGAGCUCUGCCUGCGAUCGGUUCGUCGACUCUGGCAGCAUUCCAGCGUCCUCCAGCACUCGCAGUACAGGCGAAAGGCAGACCAAAGCUGGUCGGUGCUGGGGUGAAUAGUAGUCACGUCGACGAUGAGGGCACUCCGGACAUAUAUCGAAACCUGAUAGACAAGCUCAGGCGGCAUGUUGACAUCGACGAGAUCAUUGAGCAACCCCUCAGCCCUGACUGGCUAGCUGAGAAGGAGGUCCUCCCUGGUAUCCUCCAAAAUUUGAAGGAACAAGACCAGUGGUUGCCCCGAAUCGGCGAGAUCGUGCUCUAUCUUCGCGAUUUGCCAGCUAGUGUUGAAGUAAUGCAACACGAACAGACUGGGGAGUACCAGCUGUACGACGAAGAGGCCGAAGUGUUCCUAGGCCCGCCGCGCUGGCAGGCAGGUCUGGUUGGAGAAGUGCCAACAACGGAAUUGCCAUCAAUUGCCGAUCUGCACCGCAGCGAUACCGGAGCUAGCGUCAUCUAUUCUGGUGUUCGCAUUGAACCAUUGCCGAGUCUUGAUGCACUAGACAAGUCUCUUUCAAAGAGACACAAGUAUGUCCCCCUGCGUCAGGUUCGCCCAUUUGCCCUCUGGAGGGAGCUCCUGAAGCAAGUACCACAGGAGGAAUGGCACGUGACGGUCAUUAAUGCUCUUACCGUAAGUUCCACGAUGAGCCUUUUUGGCCAAUAUCGAUUUCGCGGGUCCUGGCCUGAAGCAUUCAUCUACUGCUACGGUAUCCACUUUGGUUCUGAGGUCUUCACUAUCGGUGACACUAUACGCCUGUUGCCGAAUGCAUCAAAAUCCCAGGCUCGCUGA